AUGAAUACAUAUGCAGUGGCAGGCCUGACGCAAGCUCCAGCUACCUCCGAGUCGGAGGCUGCAGGUAAGAAUGCUCACGGCCCCCAUCUGGGCUACACCGGAGCGCACUCGGGCGCCCACUUUACGCAGGUGCUCAAGACGAUCAGAUUCACACGCCUUGAGAACUCGGUACAUGAUCCUCGCGACGCGGCACACGAAACUUCUCCCGCGGAGAAUCUCGGCCAAUCAGUGAAUCCCGAGCCUAAGGCCAGGAGAGGCCCGCGGAAAAAGCGCAAUUGUUCCACCGUCGAAAAGGAGAACCUACCCCGACUCCCAUUUCGCGGUCGACGUACCUGGUACCAGAGCCAGCAACUCCCUAGGGAUCACCCGAAUAAUUCUACAGAUCCACCCUCUGGUCUCCACUGCGUGGGCACUUGA